AUGCGAUCAGUCUGCACGAUGACUCGGCCGGAGUACUACGUCGUUAGUUGGCGCCGCGUUAACGCCGCCACCGCUGUUUUUCGGAAGACGAUGGUCGGUCCGCUGUUGCUACUUGUGUUAUUGGCGUUCUUCUUGCCGUCGUUUCCUUCGGCCGCCGCAGAAUGUCCGGCCAAAUGUAUGUGCUUCAAGACGACCGUCCGCUGUAUGUACUUGAAUCUCGACCGGAUACCCGACCGCAUAUCUCCGACUACCACAGUGCUGGACCUGAGAUUUAGUAGAAUAAAGGAUAUCGAACCGAAAACAUUAGCUCAUCUGACAGAGUUGGACACUUUACUGUUGAACAACAAUAAUAUAAAUGAUCUGAAAAAUGGCGCAUUUGCAAAUCUUUCGAAGCUUCGAUUAUUAUAUUUGUAUAAAAACAAAAUUGAAAACAUCGAGUCUAGGGUUUUUAAUAACUUAACAAAUUUAGAACAGUUAUACUUGCAUUUCAACAAAAUUCAUAAGCUCAAUGUGGAAAUGUUUCAGGGACUUACAAAACUGGAAAGACUAUUUUUACACAACAACAGGAUAAGAAAGAUUCCACCGGGUACAUUCGAUUCGUUAACAUCAUUGGCUCGUUUACGGCUUGACAGCAACCUGUUGACGUGUGAUUGCGAUAUUUUGUGGCUGGUAAACGUGCUGAAGAAAAGUUACAACUCGGGAGAAGAAUCCGGUCAGUUCGCUGCUACGUGUCAGUUUCCUAUCGAAAUGAGUGGAAAAUCGUUGAUGAAUAUGACCGAAAAUGAUUUUCAUUGCAACGAGUUGCGGUUUAAAGAAGAACCCAAUGACGUGACUGUGUCAUUCGGAGGUUCGGCGUUUUUCACGUGCAAAGUGGAAGGCAGCCAGAACGUGAAAACGAUUUGGACUCGCGAUAAUAACGAGAUUGAUAUGAGCGAUUCGAGGUAUUCGAUGACCAACGACGGGCUUAUGAUCAAAUCCGCAUCGUUAAAAGACGUUGGUACAUACGAAUGCAUGGUGAAAAAAGAAAACGUCGAGUUGAAGUCACGACCAGCCAAAAUAAUAUUAGAAUCCAAUGCGCCAGCUGGCUCGCCUCCGGAAAUAAUCGUAGAACCGGGCCACACGACGGUGUCGGUAGACGAUCAGUUGCGACUCGCGUGUGAAGCCAUUGGAGUUCCUGAACCAUCAGUAACGUGGGCCAAAGACGACAUCAAUCUAGAAUUUGACCAAAGAGUCCGGGUACUACAAAACAAUACAUUGAUUAUAUCGAAAGUGGAAAGAACGGACGUCGGUCAUUAUAAAUGCAUUGCGUCCAAUUAUCUGGGGAGAGUAUCUUCCGAAGCGAUGGUUAACGUAAACGCUCCGCCAGUCAUUGUUAGCGCUUCUCGUGAUAUAACUGUGAAGACUGGUGCUACUGUUGAACUCCAAUGUCUGGUCGAGGGCUAUCCGAAACCUGUUGUAACCUGGUUCAAAGACGGCCGUUCGGCCACGCCGGGUCCGAGGACAUCGUUCCAUAACGAAAGAACGACAUUGCGUAUUGAACACGUGAAAGACGGCGACAAGGGUAUGUUUACGUGUUUGGCUCAAAAUUUGGUCGGGUCGGCCGAGAGCAACAUCGAAAUAAAGGUCAGAGGAUACGGUCCCAGACGUCCAAAGCUUUUGAUAAAGCCGUUCGAUAUGGAAGCCCCACAAAGAACGAGCAUCGAAGUGCCUUGUAAAGCUGAUGGAGAUCCCACGCCAAAUAUUACUUGGACAAAAGAUGGUGUUGAUCUCGUUCAAGAUCAAAACCAUAAAAUCAACAGCAUUGGGAGUUUACGCUUGUUCAACAUAUCUUUCGCUAAUUCUGGUGUGUACGAGUGCACAGCCAAGAAUAUACACGGACAAGAGUCAGCUAGAGGCACAGUUGCGGUUCUAGGCGAUGUAUUGGAACAAUCUCCCGGCGACCGUUUUGUUAAUUUGGCAUUCCACGAAGCCAGUUUGGAAGUCGAUAGAGCGGUAAACGCUACGAUUAAUUCUUUGUUCGGCUCCGAUGACAAAAUCAUGAACCCGGAAAAGUUGAUGAGAAUGUCUAGAUUUCCAGACGUGGUUGCCAGAGAUGUGGCCAAAUCGGCAGAUAUUUUCGAAAGGACUUUAGCAAACGUCCGAAAACACGUACAAGCCGGACUCAAGGUUAAUUUGACAGAAAAUUUUUCUUAUAGAGACUUAUUGUCAGUGGAACAGUUGGACUUGAUUGCUAAUCUAUCCGGAUGUCUGAAAUACCAAACGAAGCCCAACUGUAGCGACAUGUGUUUCCACACCAAAUAUCGGACUAUAGACGGCACUUGUAAUAAUUUACAAAAUCCGUUAUGGGGAUCGUCGCAUACGCAAUUUAGGCGAAUUUUGAAGCCAAUAUACGAAAAUGGAUUCAACACGCCGAUAGGCUGGACUAAAGGUAUGAAGUAUUACGGCUUCGAAAAGCCCGGUGCCAGACUUGUGUCGACGUCUAUUAUUCGCACGAACGAAAUCACUUCUGACGAAGAAAUCACACACAUGGUAAUGCAAUGGGGUCAAUUUUUGGACCACGACUUGGAUCAUGCUAUACCGUCGACCACCAAAGAGAGUUGGGAAGGUUUGGACUGUAAGAAAACAUGUGCUUAUUCUUUUCCAUGUUUUCCGAUGGAUGUACCACCAAACGAUGACCGUAUCAAAAAUCGGAGAUGUAUGGAUUUCAUUCGAAGCAGUUCCAUAUGUGGCACCGAUACGACAUCCGUGUUCUUUGAUAAGUUACAGCCUAGAGAACAAAUCAACCAAUUGACGGCCUUUAUCGAUGGUUCACAAAUCUAUGGAUUUACAAACGAUCGUUCGUUUAUACUACGAGAAGUUCAAACUGGUUUUGGUCUGAUGCGAGGAGGCAUAUCUUCAAAUUUCGGUAAAGAAAUGUUACCAAUAGCCGGAGCCGAUGAAGUGGACUGUCGAAGAGACUUAACAGAGAGCGAUACGGGAUGUUAUUUGGCUGGUGAUAUUCGAGCAAAUGAACAGGUGGGUUUAUUGGCCAUGCAUACGAUUUGGAUCAGAGAACACAAUCGUAUUGCCAGAGAAUUACGCACAAUAAAUCCGCAUUGGGAAGGAGAUGUCUUGUUCCACGAAGCACGGAAAAUCGUUGGUGCGGAAUUGCAACAUAUAACCUUUAAGCACUGGUUGCCCUAUGUACUCGGACCUAAGGGAAUGGAUAUGUUAGGCCAAUAUCAAGGAUACGACCCAACCUUAAAUCCAUCUAUAUCCAAUGUGUUUGCCACAGCUGCCCUUAGAUUUGGUCAUUCCAUAAUUAAUCCGGUUUUGACCCGACUCGACGAUAACUUCACUACUAUUCCUCAGGGAGACUUAUCCCUAGGGAAAGCGUUUUUCACACCAUGGCGUUUGUCCGACGAAGGUGGCACAGAUCCGUUAAUGCGCGGAUUUUUCGCUGUACCCGCUAAAAGAAAAAUGCCUAAACAGAACCUGAAUGAUCAAUUAACCGAUCAUUUGUUCACAUCAGCUCACGCUGUAUCAUUAGAUUUAGCGGCGAUGAACAUACAACGUAGCAGAGACCAUGGCAUUCCUGGUUAUACCGAAUGGAGAACAGUGUGUAACAUGUCAAAAGCUGAAAGUUUCGAUGAUCUCAAAAACGAAAUCAGUGAUGAUGAAGUAAGAAAUAAGCUCAAGGAACUGUAUGGCCACCCUGGUAAUAUCGAUGUUUGGGUCGGCGGAAUUCUCGAAGACCAAGUAGCCGGGGGUAAAGUUGGUCCGCUGUUUCAAUGUUUAUUGAUAGAACAGUUUAAAAACUUAAGAAACGGUGACAGAUUUUGGUACGAAAACCCUUCAACUUUCAGUCCAGCAAAACUCACACAAAUCAAACAAGCGUCACUAGCUAGAGUUCUCUGUGAUAAUGGGGACAAUAUCACUCUAAUGUCUAGAGAUGUAUUCAAAUUACCAGAAUUGCAAUCACCCAAGUUAUUACCAUGUAAAUCGAUUCCAAGUAUUGACCUAAGACUUUGGUUUGAAUGCAAUGGAGAUUGUCCAGGAGAAAAUGCAUCUAAAGAAAUGGAAGAACUGAGGUCUAAAGAUGCAUUGGCUAAAGUAAUGAACGUGACUGAGGGAAAAUUAGAAGGUCUGAGGUCAGUAGUUGAUGGCCUUAAAUUGGACAUCAAAAGAUUAAGACGUGAAAUCAGACAUUUGACAAAAGCAAGUAACAGGGGUUGUUAUGAUGAUACAGUUAAAAGGAGGCGCAGAGAAGGACGAACUUGGGUUUCUAAAAAAUGCACUAAAUGUGAAUGUCGAAAUUCUCAAAUAUUGUGUAAAAGUUUGUGUUGAAAGUUUGAAACGAAUAUUUAAAGAUACUAUAAAAAGACCAGUUUUUGUUUAUAGUUAAGUCAAAUCCAACAACUGAAUACACUAUGUGUGAUACCAGGUUUCAUAGACCAAAUUAAUUUUAUAUUUUUAUGUAUAAUAUCUAGUUAAGUAAUAUUGUAAAAUAUUUUUGAUUUUUUUGUUACUUAAAAAAAAAAUAUUUUCAAUUAUAAAAAAAUAAAUAUUGAUUAAAUUUCUA